AUGGAUAUGUCGUGUGAGGAAGGAAAAUUCGACGCUAAACAGCGUACGAAAGGCUCGAAUUUAGAUGAGCGCGUUAAUAAAAUUUGGGAGCUGCUCGGGAUCGAGGAAUUGCAAAUCCAGGUUCUACAGAAACAGCGCUUAUGGAAUAUAUUGCGCCUGUUCUCCGGUACUUUUGCUUUAAAUGAUAGCGAGAUGAGCAGGGCCGAGGGCGUGAUUUGCGACAUAGACGUAAGGGGAUGCCAGGCCAAUACGACAAAAUCCUAG